GGCUCUGGCGGCGAGGCUGGGCUGCGGCGUGGGAAAGAGCCGCGAGGAGCACACAGCUCUGCGGGCGGAGCGGCGCCUUCACCCGGCCGCAGGGAGGGAGGCGGAGAGGGCACCGCGCACGACUCGACGUUCCUGGCUCCGGCCAGGUUGCGUCCCGUGCCGUCAUCUCCACGAUGAAGCGCCCCUGCGAGGAGACGACUUCCGAGAGCGAUAUGGACGAGACCAUCGACGUGGGGAGCGAGAACAAUUACUCGGGGCAAAGCACUAGCUCUGUGAUUAGAUCAAAUUCUCCAUCAACAACAUCUCAGAUUAUGGCAAGAAAGAAAAGGAGAGGGAUUAUAGAGAAAAGGCGUAGAGAUCGGAUAAAUAACAGUUUAUCUGAGUUACGAAGACUGGUGCCAACUGCUUUUGAAAAACAAGGCUCUGCAAAGUUAGAAAAAGCUGAAAUACUGCAAAUGACAGUGGAUCAUUUGAAGAUGCUUCAGGCAACUGGGGGGAAAGGUUACUUUGACGCACAUGCUCUUGCCAUGGACUUCAUGAGCAUUGGAUUUCGAGAAUGCUUAACUGAGGUGGCGAGGUACCUGAGCUCUGUGGAAGGUCUGGAUUCCUCAGAUCCCCUUCGGGUGCGACUAGUCUCUCAUCUCAGCACUUGUGCCUCUCAGCGGGAGGCUGCAGCAAUGACGUCCUCUCUGGCCCACCACCAUCACCCCCUACAUCCGCACCACUGGGCUGCGGCCUUCCACCACCUCCCCACAGCCCUGCUUCAGCCCAACGGACUCCACGCCUCAGAGGCCACCCCUUGUCGCCUCUCUGCCACAUCAGAAGUGCCUCCUACCCACGGCUCCGCCCUCCUCACGGCCACCUUUGCCCACACUGAUUCUGCCCUGCGAAUGCCAUCGACAGGCAGUGUUGCUCCCUGCGUGCCACCUCUCUCUACUUCUCUCUUGUCCCUCUCAGCCACUGUCCAUGCCGCUGCUGCUGCAGCCACUGCCGCUGCACAUACCUUUCCUCUGUCCUUUGGGGCAUUUCCCAUGCUCCCUCCAAAUGCAGCUGCUGCAGUGGCAGCAGCGACAGCAAUCAGCCCUCCCUUGUCAGUAUCAGCCACAUCCAGUCCUCAACAGACAAGCAAUGGAACUAACAGUAAACCUUACCGACCCUGGGGGACUGAAGUGGGAGCCUUUUAAGUUUUCAUUGAAUUUGAGCAGUAGUAACUGAAUGUCCUUCAUUUCAGAGUCAGGUUGGAAACCUCUGCACCGUGAAAUUAGCCAUACAGAAAUCUACAGACCCAUAAAGGAACAAUAAAGCUAUUUCAGACGUGAACCUCACGCAUAGAAAUGUGGUCUUCUCUCUCACUCAGUUUUGUUUUGUUCGUGGCAACUUGCUAACUGACAUCCCAGUUUUUGAAAGCUCCACAAUUGGUGCCAUUUAGAAGUUUCCUGGAAAGUAUAUGAACUGUAUUGUCUAGCAGUACACCAGUAUAUCGGAAUUAGGAGAUAAAAAUGCUCUGAUUGAAUUAUUUUGAAACUACAUGUGGGGUAAAAAAAAAAUCAUGUUUCCUAAGUGCCUAAGCUAGUAAAGUUUUCCUUUGAAUGUAAAUAUUGGUCAAGAGCAUAGAGGUUAAGUUAAGAAAGGACAGGGACAGAAAUGUUGCAUUAGGCUGCAAACAUUUUAAUGUUGCUGUGAUGCCAGACUAAAGUACAAUAUUGGAACUUAAUGGGUAUUUAUUGACCAAAGGGAUUGCUGAAAAUAAUCAAGUUGAAAGAGCUAGUAUAUCUUGGUUUACUUUCUUUGUACAGAUUCACCAAGUGCUGCAAAGGAACAGUGCAUUGGUAUAAGCAAUUAUUCCAUCAGUUUUCAGAUUAACGUGCAUUUCUGCCCUGUCCAUAAGCCCUCGAGCACUUCUUUUUCAUGACUCAAAAUACAUUGCUUCUUUAUAUUAACCAUACUUUGAUAGAGUGUGCCUGAAAAUAGCUGCCUGUUGUGUGCCUUUCAAAGGCUAAAUGACUAAUGCCAACUUGAGAAUACUCCAGUUUGUAAAAUUUGGGGUUAAUUUAUUUCAUUUGAACUAUUUUUAUAUACAUAUCUUUUUCAUUUUAUCCAGGUAAUGUGUAACAUCUAGUUUUUCACUUUUGGUGAGAAAUUGCAUCUCUGCAGGUAGUGAGACGGAGAGUACUGGGGAGAGAAAAAAACAUGAUUUUCAAAUGUUCUUUAUCAGGCUCAUGAUUGCAUCUGAUCCCAAAUCAAGAUGAAUGUAUGCAAUGGGAUGUAUAUAAAUUAUUUUUGUCCAUGCCUAGAUUAGUGCUACAUAAUGGUGUUUUUCCUUUGUUUUUGUUUUUGUUUAAUGACAAAAUAGUUUCUUAAUACAUUGAAAUUGAGUACAUGGGAUUUUUAUGUUUGAGAGGUGGACACAGCAUGUAUUAUGCACUUCAUUUCUCUGCUGUGUGGAGAAAAAUAAACAUUAUGAGAAUGUUAAACAUUAUGCAGAAUCAUACUUUUGAAUAUUUGUUUUAAAAUGUAUUGUACCUAGUCUUUUUUGCAUUACUUUGUAACCCUUUUCUAUGCAAAAUCUAAAUGUCACUAAUUAAAUGAAGUCCUUUUUGACUGUG